ACGGUUUAUAUUAUUAUUGGUCUAAUCUACACAAUUCUUUCUCAAGUUCAUGCAUAAAUCACUAAAUCAAUUGAAAGGUGAUCAAGCUCUCAAUGCAUUAAGUUCAAUAAUAUAAACUCAUCAUGCAAAUAACCAAUAAAUCUUGAAUUAAACUAACAAAAACAGUCACAUACUUCAAAAAUUAAAAUCUAUCCAUCCCUAGUUCAAAGAAAUCUAGCCACACAUGUUUAUAUUCUCAACAACCAUGAAAAAUAAUAAAUCCCAACAGAAAAUCAUAAUAAAAAGAAAUCAGAAACAACAAAACCCAAACGGAGAAUUGCAGUUUGCCGAAGUGCUGUGGUCGGGAUCUCCCAAGAAGGCUGGGCGGCAGCGUGGCUGGGCGGAGAAGAGCAAGGCUGGGCGGCGGCUGUCCUCUUCUGCUGCUGGUAAACAACAGAGGCGGGUGCUGGGAUUUUGGGCGGCUGGGUUCUCUUGACCUUGCGCAGAACAACUUCCUCUCCUUUCCCGUCUGUGUGGCUCUGCGUCUCUCCUCUUUUUGGUUUCUGCCGAGUAGCCUCUAUAUAUAUCAAGAAAUUAGAACCUAGAACCCUUAAUUCCUUUAACCCUAGCAGACAUGGGUUAUGGGCUUUGUUUUGGGCCUGGAUUGCAAUUGGCCCACACUUAAAAAAACAUAAACCCAGUCUCUUUAUUUCUGCACUGUGUUGUCAAAACCGUCACUUUCAAUUUCAAUUCUGUAUUGAUACAGAAGGAACUGGGUUGAACUCAUAAAACAUCAAUUGUAGCUCUGCCUCUUAGCUUUCCAACGCCUAAAGAAUCAACUCAAUCCGAUACCUAGAGAAAAAGAUAUGAUUAAAUUACUGCAGUAUGUGCAAAUUGUCACUUAUUGCAAAAUUAAUUCCUAUCUUAAUUUCCACCUACAAAUAAUAAAAUUAAUAUAAACAAAGGUGAAACUAAGUUACAAAGGACCCAUAAUAUUAAUUUCUAGGCUCAAAAAGGAUAGAUAAAUCCAUAUAAAAAUUAAACUCAUCA